AUGAGCCGACAGCACCCGCUCCAGCGGCUGGCAUCGCCGUCGCCGACCGUCUCGCUGGCCCUGCACCUCGCCGGCGUAGCCAGCUUCAGCUACAACUUCUACUUCCUGACGACGUGGGACGUGCCCAUCGCCGACGCCUACGGGUGGCACUUCCAGUUCCUGACCAUCCUGGGGCUCUCGGCCGCCCUGCUGGCCUUCUCCCUGGCCGCCCUGGCCGACCUGACCCUGUCCCCGGCCCUCUUCCGGGCCAAGAACGUCGUCGCCGUGCUGGCCGCGCCCGUCGAGGUCGUCGUCGCCAUCCUGUACUGGGGGCUGUACCUCAUCGACCCCACCCUGCUGGUCGAGGGCGACUUCCAGCUCCCCCUCCUUGUCGACAUGGGCUUCCACCUCGCGCCCGCCGUCCUGCUGGCCGCCGACUUUGUCCUGCUCAGCCCGCCGUGGACCGUGCCUGCGUAUGGCGUCGUAGCGCUGAGCGGCUCGCUGGCGUCGGCCUACUGGAUCUGGGUCGAGCAUUGCUUUAGCCACAAUGGAUGGUACCCUUAUCCCAUCUUUGCGCUCCUGUCGACACCUCAGCGUCUUCUCCUCUUUACCUUUGCCGCCUUCCUCUCCACGGGAUCAUCUAUCGGGCUCAGCUGGGUCUAUGGAAAGGUCAAUGGAUACGAAGGAGUCCCCGUCAAGAAGAUUCAAUAG